AUGAUGGAUAUCACUUAUAAGAGAGUGGCACAUAAUGGACGAAUGGUACUUCAAUUGUUUCUGUUGAUGAUGUCACUACAACGAUAUAUUGGCGGUGUUGGAUUGGCCAAUGGCAUGACUUAUCAAGACCAAGAUAUAACAUUCACUGGACAUACAUAUCUAAUAAGCAGGUUUGGCUUCAACAGUGGUGGAUCAUUUCAAAUCAAUGCUACAAUCAACUCGCCAAUGCCAAUGUCCAUGUCCAACUUCAACAACAACAACGUGGCGGGAUCCACUGGCGGGAUCAACUUUGGAUUCAUUACACUAUGGGUGUGCCAAGACAAUGACUAUCAGAGUCUGAUUGGAUCGUCGUCCGACAGCGAUGUCGAGAGCCACCUCUGUGGGAACCCAGCUGCAGGUGAAUGUGUCGUGCGGAACAUGACCAUUGGUCAAUCAUUCAGCUACUCUGAUACAAUUACCACAUCAGACCUAUAUCGAUUCAUUCUUCUCAAGUGUAACUCAUCCAACAGUGUCGAUAUGACGCUGGACUAUCAAUUCAUCAACCCUGGUGGACAUCAUCUCUCUCGGGGAUCCAUCCAACUCGUGUCACUCUAUCUCUCAACCAUCAUACUACUCUCCAUCCUCCUUACAUUCUAUAUUCUCUACUGUCUACUACAUAGACAACAUGUAAAUUUCAUCCAUCAUGUCAUUGGCUUCGUCGUAUUACUUCGCUUGAUAUUGGUAAUGUUAACAUAUAUAUAUUAUAACAUUGCUGAUAGUGAAGGAUACUUCAAUGUUCCAAUCAAGUACAUGGUCAACUUGUUCUUCUCUUUCGCCGAAUCAGUAUUCUUUGGUGCACUGUUAUUGUUGUCCAAAGGUUGGAAGAUAACAAGAGCCACUAUAUCAGUUGGUGAGACACGUAUGAUUGGUGUCAUAAUGAUCAUGCUCAUCUCAGUAUUACUAUUCUUUAGUUUCUACAAUGACAUCUAUUACUUCCUAAGUCUAAUGAUACUCUACUUCUUCAUGAUGCCCAAACUCUUUACCAACUUUACCAAGAAUCUGCGGAAGCUCGAGCGUCACAUAACAUUGGCAAGACUCACUGGUAAUGCUCGAUCAAGUAUUAUAUGUAAUACAAAGAAGAAGGCAUUCAUAUAUUUGCGAUCAGCUGUUAUUGUAUAUCUUGGAGGUAUAUUGUUGACCAACAGUAUGCGCAUCAUCAUGGUUUGGUUCUUAUAUUGGACGACAUUUUGUGUUUCCGAACCCAUGACAAUCCUUAUGCUAGGCUUCCUCUGCGUCACAUUUAGACCAUUCCGAAGCAACACAAUCUUCAUUGGUUCAAACAUGGACCACAUUAAUAUAGACGACAUAACUAGGAGUAUUGCCGAGUUGACUGGAUCUAAUGAAUUGGAUCCAUUGACAGUAUCUAGUUUGCUCGAUGUAAAUAGUUUCAAUGCCAACAGUUGUAUAAUAGUCCAGUAUCCAGGUGACCGAGCACCAUCAGUCGGUGUAUCCGAGAGUGCCAUCGCACUCAGCGCACGGACCAACAUCAACAACAAGUUAAGA